AUGGAACCUCAAAAGGCAACGAGGUCAAAAGUUUCGGUGAGUGGCAAGUCUUUGGAAACCAGCUUACGUGCUGAGGACGGUUGGAAGAGGCGGCCACAUUUGGUGUGGAAGGAGCAGUUCAGAUCGGUUUAUCUAGACGAGGUUACUCGCCAUGACAGACGAGGAGACGCUCGCCAGAAUCUGAAAUGUCCCAACUGUAUCGCUCGGAAUGUUGAGGAAGAGGUGCAGGGAGAGCCGGAGGUUCGGUGUAAGGAUUGUUUUCUCAGUGAUUUGGUCUGCACAUCCUGUUGCGUCCGUUGGCAUAGGCAGAAUCCAUUCCACUGCAUCGAGGUAGUUUUUCCCCGUUACCCUAACCGAUGGACUGGGCUUUACUUUGCCCCAAUCAUGCUGAAAGCGAUUGGCUUACAUGAUCAGCUUAACCACCAAAGUUUCCAAUGUCCUCUCCCUGUACCCUGCCAUGUCAAGCUUCGAAUUCUCCAUACCACGGGCAUUCAUGACGUUGCAGUCAAUUACUGUGGUUGUGGGCGACAAAUCCCGCAGCACAUUCAACUCCUACGACGCGGAUGGUAUCCUGCUAGCCAGAAGGUGGUGAAGACUUGUGCAACGUUCCAGCUGUUGGAGUUGCUCCACCUCUUUUCCCUUGUCUCCAAAAUGUCCACAUAUCAUUUUUAUCGCACGUUAGAGAGAAUGACGGAUAAUACAGGGCUGAAUACACCACCCUCUCGUAAAGCAGCCCUGAUGCGUAUGCUUAUUCAAUGGUGUCACUUGAAGCUGUUAAAGAGAGGCGAGCGAGUGCACGACAUCACUGGACCUGAGGGUACAAAGCCAGGCGAGCUUGCCGUCCUCUGCCCAUCUUGUCCUCGGCCGGGAAUAAACCUACCCUCCAGACUGGGAUCAAGCACCUCCCCACUUAAAGUAAGCAUAGAUGUUGUAAUGUGA